AUGAGACGUCCUAACUUCACAGAAUGCGGAUAUCGUUAUAUGUCAAACGCGACGCUAGUCGAGCGGUAUCACUAUAGUGGCCUAGUCCCCACUUUAACCACAUGGAUUUUACCUAUCCUAGGUACUUUGCUACAAGCGCCGUUCGAGAGCAAUGCCUUCUGGCGGACUGUCAAGGCCGUCAAUCGCUGGAUCGGCAGCCCAAUGUCUAGUUUCGCUUCAAUUCUAUGUAAUAUCGAAUACAAGAUGAAGCCGGUCACCUCGAUGGCUAAGGAAGCGGAGGGCCUCCUACGCAUCGCGCUGUUCAGCGAAGAACUUACGCUGCCAGGUUCUCGGAAGACUUUGAGUCAACUUCAUGCCAAGCUGACCAACGAUCUUCGCAGCAAUAGACGAAGAGGCGUGGUACCUAUCUUCAUUUCGACGUUGUGGUUUCUCUUGGUUUGGCAAUAUCUCGACAUUGGAAGCAACGUUCAAGCUCACAUCCUUGCCAUGGGCUUGUUUCUUGCCUGGUUUCCUGUGCUCAUCUUGUGUUCAAUCCUCGAUCGCAACCCCAUGGGCUCCGACAACAUCCAGAGAAAGCUAAACAAGUUAUUUGAUCUCGUGUGUAUGUCUCUACAGGAUGAAACAACCCGAUAUAGGUAUAUCGCGUCUUUCAAUGGGCAACCGCACGCCGCUCAGAUGGCCUACUGGGUUGAGAAGAUAUCAGCAAAGGCGCAAUACAUCCAACAUAGCUACUUCUGUGGCUUCGCCGGCCAAGCAAGAACUCGAUUUCAGGAAGUAACUGGCUUGGUGACCACAACACGGCUCGAGCCUCGUUGGUCUUGGGACAAGUCGACCACGGACUCACCUGGUUCGAUGGGCGCCAGCUGUGGAGAGUCUACGGAUCGUUCUUCCUUGUAG